UCAACGAACAUGCAUAUGCAUCAGCACUCAUCAAGGAUCCAUCACUCUCCUACACGCACAACCCCUCUCACUUUCACCCAUGGAUCCACCGCCCUCCUGCCUGCAUCCUCACCCCGCCACCAUCUCCACCUCCGCAAACCACCCCGACUCCGCCAAUUCUUCCCCUCGCUCCCGCCCCGACGCCUGGGAUCAUGACCACCAUCUCCCACCCGUUCCUGGCGCCAAGCUCCGCCUCAUGUGCAGCUACGGCGGUCACAUCAUACCCCGCCCCCACGACAAGUCCCUUUGCUACGUCGGUGGCGACACCCGCAUUGUGGUGGUCGACCGCCACUCCUCCCUUGCCGAGCUCCACUCCCGCCUCUCCCAUAUUCUCCUCAAUGGCCGCCACUUCUCCCUCAAAUACCAGCUACCCAAUGAAGAUCUCGACUCUCUGAUAUCACUCUCCACCGACGAAGAUCUCGAGAACAUGAUCGAGGAGUAUGAUCGCACUAACGCUGCCUCGCCGUUGAAAUCUUCCCGCCUCCGCUUGUUCCUCUUCCCUUCCAAGCCUGAAACCGCCGCCUCGAUGGGCUCUUUGCUCGACGAUGCCAAGUCGGAGACCUGGUUCGUUGAUGCGUUAAACGGUGCUGGUUUGCUGCCCAGAGGACUCUCCGAGUCUGCGGCUAUGGAUACAUUGCUUGAACUCGACCAUGGCAUGGUGAAUAGCGAUUCUUGCGCGGAUCUCGAGGCUCAGAGCGAGUCCAACAAGCAGGCUGUGCCCAAGAGCAGUGCUCAAGAAGUUGUGCUGGAUUCGCCGCAUGUGGCGGAGACGAGUUCUUCCUUUGGGUCGAGUUCUUCGACGCCAUCAAUGGCGAAUUUGCCGCCGAUUAAGGUUAGAGUUGAAGAUUAUCAGAUGGUUGGGCUGGAUGAACAGUUCUCACAUGUGAAUAUUGCUUCCCAACCUCUUGCUUGUCAUAAUGCCGUCGUGAGAACAAGUGGGGGGAUGAACUCUUCCGCCGCCGGUGCUGGUGGUGGAGAAAAUCUGAGUCGGGUUAUGUGUGAUGAUGAGAAAUCGGAGAAAUCAGAUCACGGAACGGUACCGCCGACGGGACUGCGGAAACCGCCAUUGCCGCUGCAGAUGGUGCAGAGGAAGCUUGUUGAUAUUCAUAAUUUGCCGUCGCCUGAUUCCAAGCAUGCUGGAGGCUACAACUUGCCGUCGCCGGACUCUGUCGCAAGUGAUUGCAGCAUCGCGUCUGCUGGAUCCCUAUCGAAACACACAAUCUACCAAGACGCAAAUCUAAUACCUGUGAAUCGAGAAAGCCGAGUUCCCACUCCUGUAAUUGAUCAAAAGAUGAGCAAUACUCAGGAGCCCACCUCUCAGAUUUCAGCUGAUUCCCUCUCAAUCCCACCUUCGAACCAAAAUCAACAAUUCAUUCAUCCAGCUCCAAGCCCACACUACAUCCAGCACCCUCCGCCUGCCCUGCCUAUGUCGACGUCAUACUAUCCCGUGUAUCUGCACCCACAGACACAGCAAUCCGUUCAACACCAAGCUGAUCAGCAGUAUCCCAUGUACCUGUUGCCUCCGCUUAAUCAGACUCCGCCCUGCUACGAUGCUUCAGUUGUCGCCUCAAGCCGGCCGUUAACGCCGCCUCCCAAUAAUAUGGUACCCUACAAGGAAACUGUUUCGACCCUUUAUCCAACCAAGCCUGAAAUGGCAGCAAAUAUGUACCAGACGGCUGGGGCAGGCCCCACGCCGCUGUUGGUUCAAGUUCCGACUCAUCAGUUUCAGCAGCAGUUUGUCGGUCUUUCUCAAAUCCCGGCUACACCACAGUCCGGUGCUGUAUCUGCUGCUUCUGCUGUCGUUCCAAAUUAUGGGUACGAAUAUACUCAUCAUAUGCAAGAUCAGAUGUACUAUGCUCAGCAUCUGGCUGCAUCAGCGGCACCACCUCCUCCUCCUCAGUACCAAACUAUGACUCCAGCUACUGCAAUCAUGUUAUCUCAAGCUCAAACUCAGCUGGCUGCAGACAGCGCUGCACAACAAUCAUGAUGUGAACUGAAAAUGAAUAGCGGAGUCGUCGGUUGUGAGUCUUGCAUGUUUGCUUUCAGUCCUUUCAUGUCAGUUACUGAUAAAAUGGUGAAUUUCUCUUAAUCAGUAUUUGGGUUAUAUAUCUAUGUAAUGGUAAUGUAAAAUUAGAAUAAGAAAGACCGCAUGCAUGUUCAUGCAGUUUGCUUCUCUAGUUUUAUGCUAUACAGACCCUGGAUAGAUAAAUAAGGCAGUUUGCUCCUUUAAGGAACUCUACAAGCAUUUAUUCGGUAGAUUUUGUUUAAUUCCAAUUUCAUUCAUGUAAGGGAUGGAUCGGUCUCCGGCAAGAAUACAAUACAGAAAUAUUAAAAAUUAUUACAGACUUUUCUAUAAUAAAUUACAAUGAUCCUAAGAAGUAGAAAUAUGGAUACAAUAAACAAACCCAGAAACUGUAAAAUAAGAGAGAUGAAGGACAUAGAACAGUAUAUGUAAUGAGGGCUCCGGAGCCAAAGACCCUUAGGCCUACAGAGGCCAAAGGCCACAACCUUUACACGAUUGCUCGAAUCACUUAAAGCCACAAAGGCUUUCGGACCACAAAGGCUCCACAAGUAUCCACCAAGGAAAUGCCACAGAGGCUUUUAUCAGAAACCAUAGAGGUUAUGCCACCAAGGCUUUUACAGUGUUUCAGAGAGAAGGAGAGGAAGAUGAGAGAAUGUACUUAGCUUGUUAGCCAUGAACCAACAUGAACCAGCCAUAUAAAGAGGUUGGACAUUAAUGGUCUAUAAUCAGCCAUAAGUGAAGAACACAAAAGACAAAGAGGUUGGG